AUGUCAUCUUGCAUCCUUUUGAAAUCCACAGAGAGAGAGGCACUGCACUUAAUCCACUUGCCAGCUACCAGCAACGUGGCAGAGAAUUCUCCUCCGGAGACAGCGGUGUACACGUUUGCUGUGAAUUUAUCAGUAUCGCUGUCACCUGUGAGCCCGGGAUUCCCCGUGAUAAUCAACUCGAGUCCCCUCACUGAAGCCUUCAAGGUGAACGGGCUGUCAGGCACCAGCUUUGAGGUGGUCACCACCGGGAAGGAACAACUCGAUUUUGAAACAGGACCAAACAUAUUUGACUUGCAGAUUUAUGUAAAGGAUGAGGUUGGCACCACAGACCUGCAGAUCCUCACUGUCCAGGUAACGGACGUGAAUGAGCCGCCUCAGUUUCAAGGCGCCUUGGGGAAAGGUCUAGAGCUCUACAUAGCAGAAGGUGAAAAGCCGGGAUUCAUAUGCCAGGUGGAGGCCUUUGAUCCAGAAGACACAAUCAGACGUAGACCCCUCAGUUAUUCUCUGGUUCCUCCCUCGAAGAACUUCAGAAUGUCUGCUAAUGGUACCCUCUUCUCCACAAGAGAAUUUGACUUUGAAGCAGGAAACAACAGUCACUAUCUCGUCGUGGAAGUGAGAGACAGCCAUGCCCUCAAAGUCUCCACAGCAGUCCAGGUGAACAUUGUGAACAUCAACGAUGAACGCCCUCGCUUCACCAGCCCAAGACGCACAUACACGAUUCCGGAGGAGCAGCCUGCAGGGACCAUUGUGGCCAAUGUCACUGCCGAGGAUCCCGAUGACGAAGGCGUGGCCAGCCGCCUCCUCUACAGCCUCACGACUGUCAGCAACUAUUUCAUGAUCAACCAGCUGACUGGUACAAUCCAAGUGGCCAACAGGCUAGACCGAGAUGCACGUGAAUUAAGGCAAAAUCCUACCAUUGCUCUGGAAGUUCUGGUGAAAGAUAGGCCCCAAGGUGGGCAGGAGAAUCGCAUGCAGAUAACCUUCAUUGUAGAAGACGUCAAUGACAACCCUGCUCUGUGCACCAAGUUCACCUUCAGCAUGAUGGUGCCUGAAAGAGCAGCCAAGGGGACGCUGCUUCUGGACCUGAACAAGUUCUGCUUUGAUCAUGACAGUGAAGCACCAAACAACAAGUUCAACUUCUCCACGCCCUCCGGAGUGGGCAGCGACCGCCGAUUUUCACAGGAUCCAGCUGGCUCUGGGAAACUUGUGCUGAUUGGUGACCUAGAUUAUGAAGAUCCAAAUAACCUGGCAUCCGGCAAUAUAUUCAUCAUGAUAAUCCAAGUGCAGGACAUUGCCCCUCCUUACUAUAAAAAUAACAUCUACAUUUACAUCCUAACAAUUCCAGAAAAUGAGUUUCCUCUCAUCUUUGAUAGACCUUCCUAUGUAUUUAAUGUGUCGGAAGUAAGUUCCGCCAGAGCCCGAAUCGGCCAGGUGCAAGCCACCGAUAAGGACAUGCCCCAGAGCAGCAUCUCGUACUCCAUCUCCACGGGCGGGGCCAGCCCUCGGUACCCCAACAUGUUCUGGAUUCAUCCCAAGUCAGGAGAGCUCCAGCUAGUGAUGAGAGUGGACUAUGAAACAACCCCCACUUAUGUUCUCAAGAUCCAGGCCACCAACAAGGAGGACACAAGCUCAGCUAUGGUGACUGUGAACAUCCUGGAAGAAAACGAUGAGAAACCAGUAUGUACCCCAAAUUCUUCUUUCCUGGCCAUCCCUGUGGAUCUGAAAGUUGGCACGAACAUCCAGAACUUCAAGCUCACCUGUACUGACCUUGAUUCCAGCCCCAGAUCUUUCCGUUACUCCAUCGGCCCAGGCAACAUCAAUAAUCACUUCACCUUCUCUCCCAACGCUGGGACCAACGUCUCACACCUGUUGCUCUCGGCUCACUUUGACUACGCCGGAGGGCUCGAUAAGAGCUGGGACUACAAUCUGCUCGUCUACGUAACUGACGACAACUUGCUGUCCGGAAGGAAGAAGGCUGAGGCUCUUGUUCAAACAGGGACAGUGACCCUGAACAUUAAAGUGAUCCCCCACCCAACCACAAUCAUCACCACCACCCCCAGGCCCAGGGUCACCUACCUGAUCCAGAGGGAAAACGUCUAUUCUCCAUCGGCGUGGUACGUGCCUUUCGUCAUCGCCGUGGGCGCCAUGCUGCUCCUGGGUCUCCUGGUGUCCCUGACGAUCGUGUUGGCCAAAGCCAUCUGCAGACACUGGCCCUGCAAGAUCAGGAGGGGCAAGAAACUGCUGGUGAAGAAAGGAGAAACGAAGACGGCCAAGAGAGCUGCGGUGGGGGAAACGAUCCAGAUGAACACAGUCUUUGAUGGGGAGGCCGCAGACCCAGUCACCGGGGGGAUAUAUGAAUUCAACUCUAAAACCGGAGCCAGGAAGUGGAAAGAUCCAGUUGCCCAAAUGUCAAUCUGGAGAGCCUCCCGUCCCCAGGGAAGCGCUUCGCACAGGGUCACUGGUGGCAAGAGGGCCACCAUGGAAAGAGAAGAGCCACAAAGGACAGGCUGAGGAUGCCUGCCGGUGAGAUCCAGCAAGGACAACGUGCCUGGUACACCCCCACUCUGCGUCCCACCACCCUGCAUCCCACCACCCCGCCAGAAAAGGAACCCACCCCCCAACAAGCUUGGCUUCCCCCAAAACCACACCCAAGAAAGUCACUGGUGUGGACAGCAGGCAGAGGACUGGCCUUGCUCGGCAGGGUGCCUACCUCACCCCCAGCUCUCAGAGGGCGGGAGUGCAGCGCAGAGCCAGUGAGCGUGGGCUCCCGUUGGCCAGCCUUUACAGCUGUGCCCCCACCAUGGCCUCUUGCUGAACCUGCACAGGAGAAACGUCCCUCGGGUCUCUGGACUGGCCAGGUUUCCGCUGACCAGCCACAGCUGGCCUGUUACCGUGUGGCGAGAGAGAGUCCUCGCGCUUUCCCCUUUACACGGUCUGCUAGGAAGCUCCGUCCAGCUUCUUGGCUGACAGCAGCAGAGGCCUGCCCUCACCCCCGGUUAGGAAAGGGCACCGCUCUGAUUUCUUCACGUAUGAAUUCAGUUCAUCGACAGGAAAUCGCCUUCAUAAGUCAGCUCAGAUCUUUUCCAAAAACAGUAGUGGAGUAAGAAAACCAACCAACCAGCUCUGCAUCCGAGAAGGAGGAAACGUAGUAGAUGCUGUCUUUCAUUGCUGCCCAGGGUCCUCCGCCCCGUGAUACGCACGCUCCCCACUCUGAUCUCUAUGGAUCGUUCGUUUUGCCUGUUUUGAAUUGCAUAUAAAU